CGGCGGCCGUGGAAUCCCCGAGAAUCAUGGUGUCAUGGAAAGGGAUUUACUUUAUACUCAUUCUUUUUUGUGGAAGCUUUUUUGGCAGCAUUUUCAUGCUGGGUCCCUUCUUACCUUUGAUGUUUGUAAGCCCACCUUGGUAUCGCUGGAUCAACAACCGCCUCGUUGCCACCUGGCUCACGCUUCCAGCGGCAUUGUUGGAGACCAUGUUUGGUGUAAAAGUGAUUAUAACAGGUGAUGCAUUUGUACCUGGAGAAAGGAGUGUCAUUAUCAUGAACCACCGGACGAGGAUGGACUGGAUGUUUCUAUGGAACUGUCUGAUGAGAUACAGCUACCUCAGAUUGGAGAAGAUUUGUCUUAAAGCCAGUCUCAAAAGUGUCCCUGGAUUUGGUUGGGCCAUGCAGGCUGCUGCUUAUAUCUUCAUUCAUAGGAAGUGGAAGGAUGACAAGAACCAUUUUGAAGACAUGAUUGAUUAUUUUUGUGAUAUUGGUGAACCACUUCAACUCCUCAUAUUCCCAGAAGGGACUGAUCUCACAGACAAUAGCAAGGCUAGAAGUAAUGAUUUUGCUGAGAAGAAUGGACUUCAGAAAUAUGAGUAUGUCAUACACCCAAGAACUACAGGCUUUACUUUUGUGGUAGACCGCUUAAGAGAAGGCAAGAGCCUUGAUGCUAUCCACGACAUCACUGUGGCUUAUCCUCACAACAUUCCUCAAACCGAGAAGCACCUCCUCCAUGGAAACUUCCCCAAGGAAAUCCACUUUCACGUCCACCGCUAUCCCAUCAACACCCUCCCCACGUCCAAAGAUGACCUGCAGCUCUGGUGCCACAAGCGGUGGGAGGAGAAGGAAGAGAGGCUGCGUUCCUUCUAUCAAGGGCAGAAGAACUUCUACUUUACUGGGCAGAGUGUGAUCCCACCGUGCAAGUCUGAGCUCCGGGUCCUUGUGGUCAAGUUGCUGUCCAUCCUCUACUGGACCCUGUUCAGCCCUGCCAUGUGCCUGCUCAUCUACUUAUAUAGUCUUGUUCGCUGGUACUUUAUAAUCACCAUUAUUAUCUUUGUACUACAGGAAAGGAUAUUUGGUGGACUGGAAAUCAUUGAACUUGCAUGCUAUCGUUUUUUACAUAAGCAGCCACAUUUAAAUGCAAAGAGAAAUAAGUAAGAUUGUAAGAUUCACAAUAUAAAACUUGGGGGAUAUUUUGGAAAUGUUCUAUGUCUUUGUAAACUAGGAUGCAUUUUUGCAUGACUAUGUCAAAUAUUUCUUAAUAUCAUUUGUUAAAAGAUUUUGCACUUAAUUUUGUGGAAAAAAUAUUGCUACAAUUUUUUUUAAACCUCUGAAUGUAAUUUCAAUACUGCAUACAUAGCAGGAAUCAAUUGCUGUGAAAUGACUCGGGCCUGAGUGUCAGCAAGCGGUCAUCGGGCUAUUCACCAACGAAGUCCACACAAGCUUUCCCAAAAGGCCCAGUUCCUUUCCCUGACUGACUCCCUAGACCAGAGGCAGGUCAGACUCCUGAGCACUGGCCCAACACGCAAGGGUCUGUGACUGCCCUCUCACACUUCCUCCGUGAGCUCUGUCCACAUUCUUUCUAUACCGCCAAAGCCAUCCCACCCUUUCUCAAGGCCAGACACCAAACUUGCUGGUCCCUGACUGGUCCGGUAUUUGAUAGGAAGCCCUAUUUAUCAUAGUAUCUUGUGCUGACCCGUGUCCUUUCCUCAUGGAAAUCACACCUGCACAUGUCUCAGGGAGCAACCAUGGGCUCUCCACUUCAUUUGAAUUGUAAAAGAUAGGAAUUAACUGAGUUGAAGUCUUUCACUCAUACUCAGUCUCGCAUGCUUAGUGCUGGGGUCCUUACAAUUUGGUCACGGGUGAGGAUGCUUUUUCUCUGAAAAACAGUAUACAGGCAGUCACAUACCUGUCUGAGGCACACUUAAAGGGACAUUCUGUUAUUGUAGAUGAAGACUGUCUUGUAAAAUACAUUUAUUUAAAGCCUACCAAAAAAGGAAGGUUGUGUUUUCCACAGGCAUGUUUUCCUUAUGAAUGGAGAUCCGGCUUCUGCCCUUGAAAUAACAAAAGUGUUUGCAGACAGGGCAGUUGCAGAGGUAUCAUCCUUGUAGCCUUGAUAAAUCUUAAAACCAGGGGCCGGGGAGAUGGCUCAGUGGAAUAAGCGCUUCCCUGGUGAGUGCAAGGGCCUGAGUUCAGUCCCCGGUUCCUCCAAAAAUAAAUCUUAAAACCAAAAUAACACAAAAGGAAUCCUUUUCAUUGAUAGCAAGAAGCCUUUCCUCCUCCACCCACAGGCUUCCUCUCUCAAGAGUAAUUUUUAAACCUACUUUAGACCAACUCUUUGACUAAAUAUUUUUGUCAUUCGCAGUCACUGGAAAAUUCAGCAAACCAACAGCACCAGGCUCCUUCUGGGGCAAAGAAGCAUGUUGUCAUUAUUUCCGCUCUCUUGGAGCUGUACGCCCUCCCCUCUCAUGUUUUGUUUUGUUCUGUUUUGCCUGGUCUCAUAGUAGGGACAGUGGUCAGAGCUGCUGAAAAUAUAAGAUAAUUAAAAAUCUUUAGGUGUUGGAAAAUGUGUUAGCUCUCUGUACUCUUUGGGCAUGAUGCCUUCUCUUUAAUGUUUCACAGCAACUGUAAACCAACAGUUAACUCUCACGCAUUCCCAUGAAAGGCAGUCCUGUCGUGAGCUGUGCAGAGCGGACCCUAUGGGCAAGCAUUUGUUGUGCAGUACCCCGUGGACACCUGGCUUUCGCUGGAAGAAUAUUAACCGGGGCCGCUGUGGAGCUGCACCAACCCAUGUGUGACUGUUUCACCCGAGCUGGGCUCAGUCCUGCCCGGAGCUUGCUAAUUAGUUAUUACACACAUCUGCUUCCAACCCAGCUGUGUAACUUCAUGGUUUUUAAAGAUACUCUUUUUAAAAACAAGUAUUUUCCCCUUCCCUUUAUGAAAGAGGCUUCUCAUUUAAGUUUCUUUCUGACUUCUUGGGUUAUUUUUAAACAGGGGCAUUGUUUGUACAACCAGGAUUGCAUUUGUCCCAAGAGAAAAACUGCUUUGUCCCCUAAGGUGUAUGUAACUGAGCCCUCUGCUCUUCCCACUGACUGACCAGGCUUAGUAGCCAUUGACCUGGUGGAAGUGGUGUCUAAUUCAGAUACCUUUCAAUACCUUUUUUUUUUUUUCUAACAGCAGCAAAUACAUUUAAGAUAAACUAUAGAUUUUAUUCUCCCUACCUAAAAUUCAUAGUUAAAGAUAAAACUGGGAAUGUGGACAUUGCACUUGCUUUUAAAAUUAGAAGGAGUGCUGGUAGGUAACAGUUCUUACCCCAGAUUUCUUAUGAAAUAGGACAAAGUACUUCUAAAAUUUAGAGCACAUCGUAAAAGAUUAAAUGUUUUGGAGAACCUAAUUAUUUAAGGUUCCCAAUAAAAUCCUUCCUUCUUGUGCUCUAAGAAUGCCAGUUAUGGGGCCAUCACAACUUCCACUCGAGCCGCUCGGCACUCCCUUCAGUCGCACCACACGGGAUUCACUUCUGGGCAGUGAGGAGGCGUUCCCAUGUCACCCGGCUUCAAGCGCCCCAGUGUACUCUUACAGUAAUGCCUAGUGGAGGGAGCCUGUUGGUGUUGUUUACAUUUCUUUAUACAAAUAAUGUGCUUUCAGUGCCUUAGUUACGGGCCCCUUUCUUUUUCUUAUUCUAAGGAUUCUGUAACGUGCUUCUUAGGUCCAGUCUCUGCCGCUCACAGAGUGGACCGCGGUCUCUGGACACGGGUCCCUGAGCUUGGUGAACACUUCUCUGUUGGAGAAGACAGCUCUGGGCUGAGCCAGGGGCUCCGUGCUUGUUUUCUGUGCUGUAGAAGACAAAGAUGAUUUUGUCACACGAUAAGCUUCAGAUUAAAUAUGGCCCUAAACUUCUCUUAGACCUACCUUAAAUUUUUAUUUCAGAAGAGAAUCUUGGUUUAGGUAAUCCAUUUUUUUAAAAGAUCAUUACAUGGAGAAUACCAGGUUUUAAAAAUAACUCACAGAAUGGCCUUAGUUUUCAGUGUCUACUGCUAUGUAUGUGAGUUGUCUAUAAUACAUAUCCAGAAUAAAGUUGAGUGAAC